UCAAGACACCGUGGUCAAAUCGUUGUCAACUUGGAUUGGCUGAAAAAUUACUCAAAUCUAAAGUUUUCACCCGUGAAAACAAUUAGUUCUCUGAGAUUUGUCGAUAUUAUUUUUAUUGUUAUAUGUGUUUUUACAAGGUGAAUUUUUACGGUUAUUAAGAGUUCCUACUAGUGACUGAAACCAAUAGAGGGACAUCGAAGGACUCCUAGGAGGUUUUUUCUCCCUGUUUGCGUUUGCAUAAAAGUGGUGAUGAGCGAAAAGCUUUUGAAAGUUGGACAGCGAAUCGAAGUAUCCGGCAAGGAUGUUCGUGGUUCGAUUGCCUAUAUUGGGAUGACAUCAUUUGCUGUCGGCAAAUGGAUCGGCGUUAUACUUGAUGAACCCAAAGGAAAAAACAAUGGAUCCAUCAAGGGUCAAACUUAUUUUACCUGCGAGGAAAACUAUGGAAUGUUCGUUCGGCCCACCCAGCUAAUAUAUUUAGAUGAUGCAGGCAAUCCAAUUGAAAAUUCCGAUGUGCAAACACCAGAAGAAAAACCACGAUCAAGGCUGAGCAGUGCCAAACGCGUGACUAAAUCGAAUGCCGGAUCAGUUCGUUCGCUAGCGUCGGUCCCAGGUUCAACGUCGUCUUUCGCGGCGAAACCAACGGCUGUGCGCCGUAAGUCACCCGUCAAGCAGCCCCAAUCGAAGCGUGCCUCCAUGUCCAUGACAUUAUCAUCAUCCAGUUCUCGGCUGUCGCUAAAUCGUAGCACCAGUUCUCUGGGAUCGAAGACUCAUUUGGCAUCGCCAGCAAAUGAACGGCCUUCCGCUGGUUCUGGCCAGUCAUCUAUUCCCACGCCGGUUUCGUCAAUACCAACGAUGGUCAAAGCGAGCGAUCGCUACGAAUCGAUCCAAAAAUCUCACAUAAGCCCACCCGAAUCGCUCCAAACCUCCAAGCGCGCUUCGUUCGUUGAGACGGGUUUUGUAGAAACAUUGAAACCCCAAUUCACUCCGGGCCAAUCGCUGACAUCCCCAUCGCCAGCACCAUCCACCGAAGAUCGUAUCCAUCUGUUGCAGUUGCAACAAGAGGUUGAAGAUUUGAGGACACAAAACAAAGAUCUGGUGGAGAAACUAGAGACGCUUAAGAUUCGCCGAGCUGAGGAUAAGGAGCGACUGCGCGAGUUCGACAAGCUGAAAACUCAGUUCGAUCAGCUGGUGGAGUUCAAGAGCAAAAUGAUGGAUGCCCAUUCGCAACUGCAGCGGGACUAUCAGCGAGCCAAGCAGGAUGCAAAAGACGCCAUCGAGGCACGUGAUCUGCACAUCGAAGAGAUGGCUGAGCUAUCGGAGAAUGUGGAACUGAUCACUCUCGAUAAAGAAAUGGCAGAGAUGAAGGCCGACACGUUGGCUAUGGAACUGGAAACCAGCAAGGAGAGGAUCGAGGAGUUGACAUUGGAUCUGGAGAUUUUGAAGACAGAGAUGCAAGACAAACUCGGAAGUGGUGGGCCAAUCGGUGACGGGAGUGUCGGUGGUGUAUCGACCUAUGAGUUUAAACAGUUGGAGCAGCAAAACGCAAGGUUGCGUGAAACUCUGGUUCGUUUGAGGGACUUAUCUGCCCACGAAAAGCAUGAAAUCCAAAAAUUGGAGAAAGAGUUGGAUACGAAAAAAUCGGAAGUUGCUGAAUUGCAGCGUACUAAAGAAAAGCUUUCCACAAAAGUAGAUGAAAUGGAGGUUCAGCUUAACGAUCUGCAAGAACAGGUCAAUGCAGCAUUAGGUGCGGAAGAAAUGAUUGAACAACUAGCUGAAAAGAAAAUGGAACUCGAGGAUAAGGUGAAGGCUCUAGAGGAAGAAGUAGCCGAGCUUGAGGCUCUGGAGGAAGUCCAUGAACAACUGGUAGAAAGCAACCAUGAGCUCGAGAUGGAUAUGCGCGAGGAGUUAGAUAUGGCUCAUGCUGGUAAACGUGAAGCGGUUCGUGAGAAAGAGGCUGCUCUCGAGACCAUUAUUGAUCGCGAUCAAACCAUCCUCAAAUUCCGGGAACUAGUUCAGCGUCUUAAUGACCAGUGUCAAGAGUUACGGGAGAAACUCAAUCAGGAAUCAAAUAAGGUGGUCAAGGACACAAUUUCUGAAACAAUCGACUUCAAACAAAUGUUCGCUGAGUCCAAGGCGUUCACUAGAGCUAUCGAUCUUCAGCUACGUCAGAUUGAAUUGACCCAAGCGAACGAACACGUUAAAUAUCUCAGUGCGUUUAUGCCGGAAGUGUUCAUGGCCCGUGGUGGCGAUCAUGAUGCCAUACUCGUGAUUCUUCUUGUGUCACGCAUCGUUUUCAAAUCCGGCAUCAUAGUCAGCCAGGCUAGAGAACGCUUCUCGGCUGUUCCGCAGAUUGACCGAAACGCAAUUGUUGGUGGUCAUGAAAUUUACCAGUUCCGAUUCCGUUCAAGACUUCUUCACCACGUGCACAAUCUACAGAGUGUAAUGCAUCAGUUCCUAUACGGCCUGACCGCCUGUCAACCAGAUACGCUGCUGAAGAUUGGGUCAUCGCUACCGGAAAUGCAAGCUCAGGAGAAAAUGGUCGAUGAGAUUGUGGAUCUGUUGAAGGCUAAUCAGCUCGAUGAAAAUUCAUCUACCGAUAAUCUCGAAAAGUGUGUAACUUUCUUCAACGCUAUGUACCUGGUGCUGCUGUCCGGGGAAGAUCUACUCAACGAGGCUCAGAUCGUGCGGGAUUGUACAGCCUCAAUUUCAGCGGCAUGCGAUUCAAUCUUAACCGAUGCAAACGUGAUUAAAACAUUGAUCAAGGGCGGUGACGAGACCAGUGAUUCCGGGUUGCUGAUGCAGUACAUCAUCCAGAACGUGGAAUCGGUGAAGCAACAGCUGAAACUGAUCAAACGCCGACUACCCCAGGAUGUCACCAUUACCAAGUGUAAUCUUUCAAUGAACACUUUACAGAACCUGAAGAAAACGACGGAGUCUUUGAACAAGUUCAUGAGUGUGAUGUUCUACAGUGCCAAACAGGUCGCCCAGAUUGUAACCGCUGAUCCCGAAACCGAGGUCUCGAUUCCCCACGACAAACUGUGGGACAUUAUAUCGAAUGCUUGCGAAAAAGUCUACGAGCAGGACGAUCUGGGUCCGUCGCAAAAUAUUCGCUCGGUACUCAGCAAAACUAGCACAGACAUGAGCCAGCUGGCACAAUAUCUGCUGGAUCACGAGUACGAAAUCAUGUCAGGAACAAACCUAAAAACCGAGGAGAAACCGAUGGCACCAAUCAUUCUUCGAGCGCAGGCAGUUAAAAAGCAGCUGGAAGAAACCAAAACCCUUACAGCGACGCUCGAGAAUCGGGAGGCGGAAAUUCGUCAGCUCAAGAUGGCCGCGAAACUCAAGCAAAGCGAACUUUCCGAAAUGCAGAUUCGGAAAGAUUUGGCCGAGAAAAAAUUGUCUGUAUUGCAGCAAGACCAUGAAACGAACACGGCACGGCUGCAAAAGCAAUAUGAUGAAUUAUGCCAGCGACUCAAACAAAAAGAGAAAGAAUUCGAGGAAACCAUGGACCACUUACAAAGCGAUAUCGAUUCACUGGAGAGUGAGAAGAGUAGUCUGCGUGAUAAACUGAAAACGUACAGCUCCAAGAAGGGAGAUUUGAAAACCACAACUGCUCUUGAUAUUUCCGCUAGUUCGCCAUACAUCGCGCAGGAACUAUCACUUCUGAAGAAGGCCUUUAAGGGUGAGCGCGCCGAACGACUGAAGGUACAGGCGAACGAGUACAAGAAGAUCCUUUCCAAUCUGGAACCACUGCACAUUCCCCCGCCCAAGGAUGAACGCAUAGAAGCGUUGGAGAAGGAAAUCACCAAGGUCAAGCACGACUGGAUAAUGUCACUCGUCAAGGGAGCGGAAAUUCCGACCACUAGGACACAACACGGCAACGUCUCCAAGUCCAUCAUCGAUUACGAAAACGAGCAGAGGCGCAACCAGCAACAGAUAAAGUCCAAGGCGGAAAAGCUGGCCUAUGAAGUGAUGAAUGAAUAUCUCAACAGAAAGCCACACCGAGCAACUCAUGGAGAUUUUGCUGUGUUUCCUUCGACCGAACUGGCGAUGGCAUUCAAAGCCAACGUUAAGGUUUAGAGCGAGGUAAGUCAGUAGACUCAGUUUUUGUGUUUUACCGACUACGAACAGAUGAUGACGAUCCAAGCGAUUGUUAUUGUGAGACAUGCUGUACUUAGUUUAAAUAAUAGAAUAAGUACACGUUGUGAUCGUGUUUCUUGAUGACUUCGAAGUCGUUCCAGAAAAAAAGGCUAAGCUAUUUAUUAUUCCCCCUGCAAAUUAAGGUAUCAAAUACUAUAACCAUAUACUCAAUCAUUUAUUAAAAUAUAACACAAAAUAACAUAU